AUGAAGUUUAUUUUUUUUAUUGUUUUUAUACCGACAAUUGUAUCAUCAAAAUAUCAUGAUGUUACAAUUGAUUCUGACGAUGAUUGUUGGUCAAAUGAAAAUAAUAAUAACAUAGAAAAAAGAUAUAGUAUGCUAGUAAAAUUUUCAUCUAAAAUUGCUUAUGGAAGCGAUAAUUGUUCCGUACAUAUAAAAAAUCCAUGGCCACCCAAUACCCAAAAUGGAUUUGGUUUAUUUCUGUCGCGAGAAAUGGAUUGUUCAUCAACACUUAUAGUUGAUUGUCUUCCUGAUGCUACUUUAAUUAAUCAAACAAAACCAUUACCAGUACCAUUUACAUGUCAUACAAGUGAAAAUAAAAUUAUAAUGCCUUGUAGUUCAAUUAAUUUAAUAUUUAAAAGAAAUAUUAAAGUGCCAGAAAUAAAAAAGACAACACUCGUACAAGUUGUUGCAUUAGCUAAUGAACCUUGUACUGAUGAUGAUGUAUUUUUUCAAUGUCCGAAAGAUUAUCCUAAUUCAUGUAUUGAUAGAACAUUAAAAUGUAACGGACGAUCUGAAUGUCCAAGUGGUGAUGAUGAACUUUAUUGUCAUGCUUCACCUGGAAAUGGCGUUUCAAUAGUUUUAUUUUUGCUUAUACUUUUGGCAUUUUUGUUUCUUAUUUGUGUUUUAUCAACAGUUUUCAUAUGCUGUUGUUGUCGAGCAGCAUUUAAUCGCAUAAUUCGACGUUUUCGUUCCAGACAAGGAAAUAAAUCUAAUCAAAAAACUGACGCUACAAUGGCUGGUGAAGAUGCUGUUCUAAUGAAAGAACUUACAGCAUCACCGGGUACUGUAGACGUUUUACCUCGACAACAUAAUGAACCUGCACCAUUAGUCAUUGAUUCGACAAAGCCGAUUUAUCCUCGUUUGGAAUAA